AUGAUAGAGUAAAUGUUCUAUUUCAAAUUAUCAAUUCUAAAUAUUAUGAAAUAAUUGAAAAUGGUUAUCAAAUAACAUAGAUUUUCAAAACAUUUUUAGAAAAAGGAGUUGUAUGAUAUUUUAUCAGAUUAGUAUCAAAGUGUAAAAGUGAGAAACCUGAAACUUUCAAAAUAAUUCUCAGGGCAUUAUAGUAAAUUAGCCAAGAUUAAACCAAUGAUGAAAAUGGUGAAUGUUUGAAGAUAGCAUAUAGAAUUUGAUUUAUUUCUUUCAGAGAUUAUAAUAGAUAUUGAUGAAGAAUAACAAUUAAUUAAUGCCUGUUGGGGAUAGGGUUAUUUAAGUGAAAAUGAUAAUCAAAUACAUUAUUAGUUAAAUUUGGAGUCAUUGAAAAAUUAAUUAUGCUAUAGAGCUUUUCAUUUGUUUCAUUGCACUGGAUUCACAAAACAAUAAUAUUCUAUACCUACCUUUAGGAUUUCAGGAUAUAUUUAACUGGAACUGAAGAAUUACGAUUUUUAAAAGCAGGAGUCUUAAAGGUUUUUAUUAUCUUACUAAAACAAUAAAAUAUUUAAUCAAUUUGACAAGAUGUAAAACAAUAAUGAUUUUCAAGGUCUGUUGGUCAUUAUCUAAUAUAGCUGCUGGCACUGUAACUUAAAUAUAAUAGACUAUUACUAGAGAUUCAGGGUUGGUUUUUCUGUCUUAGCGUAAUCUUAUAAAUAGUGAUAUAAUAAAGCAAAAAAUCCCUGGCGGCCAAUUUUGGAAGACCUUCUUUGAUGUGUGUUAACGUUGCCCACUAUAAAGAGCUUUUAGAAGGCAACGAAUCCUAGUACCUACAGGAAGACUUUCUGUGUGUUUUGCUUCACUCAUUCUGCCUAUUGUUAGACGCGAAGGCCACUGGAUUAGAAGCUACUCUGGAGAGAGCUUCGUGGAAGCCCGACUGUUUUGCUUGUUCUUGCCUGUUGCUAGGUAAAUGGUUUUGGAUACUACAUUCUUCUAUUGAUAAAAAAAUAAUAUUGGAAGCCCAAUUUUUCUUCUUGACUUGUUUUGCUAUUGCUAGAUCCCAAAAUCCCUUUGUUAUUGCUUUGCGGGAAAUUUUAUUUUCGAAUACCUUUUUUAAUUGCUUCUAGAUCAAAUUUAUCCUCAAAUCCUUAUUGCUUUCAAGUAAAUUAUUUUAUUUUCUUUUUUGCUUUCUUUAAAUUUCAUUAAUUUGA